AAUAGUAGAACCAAACAGCACACAAAAUCACACACAAGCAAUUCUUUGUCUCCCUGUUUUUUUCUGGUUUCUCACUUCUGUUCUUUCCCUUCUAAUUUCCUAUUUGUGUCAGUCCAAAGUUGUCUUGUCUUUGUUUUUGAAAGAGAGAUGACAGGGAUUUCAAAGGUGGAAGAGAGUGUAACUCUUGAACUUCUCAGGAAGAAAAUGGAAGAUUUUGCUAAAGAAAGAGACUGGGAAAAGUUUCAUAGCCCAAGAAACCUUCUUUUGGCUCUGGUGGGAGAAGUUGGAGAACUCUCAGAAAUAUUUCAGUGGAAAGGAGAAGUUCCAAAAGGGUUGCCUGAUUGGAAUGAAAAGGAGAAAUUACAUCUUGGUGAAGAACUUUCUGAUGUUUUGCUAUACCUCGUUAGGCUUUCUGAUAUUUCUGGGAUUGAUCUUGGCAAAGCUGCUCUUCGUAAGGUUGAACUUAAUGCCAUUAAAUAUCCUGUUAAUCUCUGCAAAGCUUCUUCAAAUAAAGAAGCCGAUAAUUAAAUUUAUAGUCGAGGUACGUACAAACGGUCCAGAGAAAUUUCUAGCAAAGUGAUUUGCCUUUUUAUGGUAUGCUAAAUAUGGUAAGUUAGGUGUCAUAAGAGUUGAACGAAUAGUAGCAGUGGAAGUUUGUACUUUCAUGGGAAGAUCUUUGGCAUUUAUUCUCAUUGAUUUUGGACUGUUUUGGCAGUUGAAAUCAUAUCUUUUUUUUACGCCAAUCUAUUCAAUGAGCUUUCUCAAAUCUGAUAAAGUUCGUCUUACUUUUGAUGCAUAAGUGUAGUUCAGUUCAAUUAUGGUAAUCUCCCCGCUUAUGUUUUUCUUUA